AGCAGUCAUUGCGUUUGCGAGGAAGUGAACCAGUCAAAUCUGAAUUGAUUAAACUUUAACGGUCGCUAUCAACCACUCCCCCCUCCAAUGCGAUUCACACCAUCCAGCUAUGGAUGGCUCUUCCGGUUAAGCAGCUUUACCGGCGAACUGCGUUUGACAGCGAGUCCCGCCUGCCGUUUUAGACCGACAUUUAACGCUGCUCUGCCGCUGCUCUUCGCCCGCAAACUCACGAUGCAGUCGGGUCGAAGUGUGACCAGCAGCAGCUGCGAUGAAGAGGGCUCGGGCAGAGCCGAUAAACCGGGGCCGGGGCUUCUCAGCAGCAUUCCUACUGUCACCACUACUGCGGACACGGGUCCUCCGGCGGAGAAGAAACGACUGGGACACACGCUUGUCGUUAACGAGAGGAAGCUGAGGACCCCGAGUCCCCUGUCUGGGGCCAACUGUGAUGACGACUCGGAGGCAGAGUCUUUCCGGGAUGGGAGAACCGAGGAGGUGGACCGGGACACCAGGGGCAGGGCGUUUGCGUGGUGCCGAGACUUUCUGUCAGGGUCGUGGAAAACCAUCAGAGAGGGAGAUUUUCAAAUCAGCAUCGUCAGUGGUGGACUGAGUAACCUGCUGUACCUGUGCAGUUUGCCUGACCAUGUGCACUGUGUGGGAGAGGAACCCCGCCAGGUGCUCCUCAGAAUCUAUGGUGCCAUCUUACAGGGAGUGGACUCCCUGGUGUUGGAGAGCGUGAUGUUUGCCAUCCUGGCAGAGCGAAUGCUUGGGCCAAAACUUUAUGGCAUCUUCCCUGAUGGACGCUUAGAACAGUACCUUCCGAAUACCCGCAUGCACACAGAACAACUUUCAGAUCCAUCCAUCUCAGCUGAAAUUGCCACAAAGUUGGCACGUUUUCAUGAAAUGCUUAUGCCCUUUAACAAAGAGCCUAAGUGGCUGUUUGGGACCAUUGACAAAUACAUGGAUCAAGUGAUGAAGCUUCAUUUUGUACGUGAAGCACAUGUGAAAAAGUACAAGAAGCUGAUGAAGUUGGACCUGCCUGCUGAGCUGGAGAGCCUCCGUGCGUUGCUAGCAGCAACUCCAUCGCCAGUGGUGUUCUGCCAUAAUGACGUCCAGGAAGGUAACAUUCUAAUGCUGGAAGACCGGGACCAAACUUCAACAGACAGACUCAUGCUAAUAGACUUUGAGUACAGCAGCUACAAUUACAGAGGGUUUGACUUUGGGAACCAUUUCUGUGAAUGGAUGUAUGAUUACACCUAUAACCAGUGGCCCUUCUACAAAGCCACACCUGAGAACUACCCCACCAGAGAGCAGCAGCUUCAUUUUAUCAGAGGUUAUUUGGCAGAACAAAGAAGAUACUCUGACUUUGCCAUGGACCAGACACAGAUUGAAGAGGACAUGAUUAUUGAAGCUAACAGGUAUGCAUUAGCAUCACACUUCCUCUGGGGCCUGUGGUCCGUUAUUCAAGCAAAGAUCUCCAAGAUUGAGUUUGGAUACAUGGACUAUGCCCAGUGUCGUUUUGAUGCCUACUACAAGCAAAAAAAGCUCUUCUCCUGAUUCAUCAUUCAGAAUGUUUACCUGUUUUCAAGCUCAUCUCCAGUCCUAUGCAGCUGUGCUUAUGACAUGCAAUGUUGUGUGAAAGGUAUACAUUUAGGUCUGAACACAGUGCACAAGCACAAUCUGAGCCUGCAGAAUUUUACUGAAGCACCUAUCCUCAUAGUCAGGAAUCUUGUUAGAGCAGGUGUAGCUCUACAGUACUAGUAUAGUACAAAUAAUUACUGUCUUUUACUUUCAGACAGUGAAUAUUAACUGCAAUAGUCAUUUUGCUAUACUAAACAAAUACUAUUAUGUUCAGCGUGGAAUGCUUUUGUAAAUCUCUCUUUGCUUUUGUGUUUUUAGUCAUUCUACCUCACAUCUUUCUUCUGAUUUCUAGUCUGCAUUAGGGUUUAUAGUUUUGAUGAUUGAAGCUGCAUUUGAAAAUUUUCCCCUCCAAUUGUUCUUUAAACGUCCAGUAAAGUUACUACGAGGGCUAUUUUAUACAGUCUUACUGUAGUCAAAAAUACUGUUAAUUUGACCAUUAGAACAGUUGCAAAGUGUAAGGCAUGUAUGUCGGUAAUGUUUGAUUCUGUCACCAUUUUUGAUAUCCGCUAUUAACUGUACAUUUCUGCUGUAACUGUCUGCCUUUAUUUAAGUCAGCUUGUAUUCCCUUUUGUUAUCUAUGUAUCAUUCUUUGCUGAUGAUAUUGUCUGUCAGUUUCUUCUUCAAGAAUAUUUUAACAUCUGUCCUUCUUACCUAUUAUAUUAGGUUAAUUAAAACGUCCAUCUGGCACUUGUAUGCAACCACAUCAACCUAAAUUAGAUUAAUUUCUGACUUUCCAUUAUCCUGUUUGAAUGUGAAGUGGGGUUUUGACAGUUUUUCUUUUUAUUUCGUUUGUUUAAAUUCCAUUAUCAUUCUUUUAUUUAUUUAGACCGUCUCCUGUAUUUGACUCAUUUUGAAUGCACUGCCAUCAGUUAACGUCUUGGUGUCUUUGUUUUACACAUUACAGCACCAGUUUACUCAUGCGAAGAAACUAGAAGCUUAACUGUGCCUCAUUAACUGCUUAUAGCUGUUUUUUUAAAAGCAUCAUUGUCCCAGCACAGUUUAAUUCUCUGUAUCAUGUUGGUUCUCUUUGCACUAACUAAUAAACCUAUGU